UCACGAAAAGAAGUCGGUUGAUUUUGAUUGGAUGGAACCCCACAAAGCCUGUUGUAUCUGAAAUUUUGGACUCUGGACCGACACAGCUGACCAACGUAACCCACAGUGGCUCUGCUCUGUUUCAUUCAACUCCAAUUUUUAAAACUGACUAAACGAAGAACCCGAAGGAAUACCGAAUCUCUUGGAGAAUAAACUCAAAUCUCUCUCUCUCUCUCUCUCUCUCUCACCUCCUUCCUAUUCUAUUAAGGGGAAAGUGUGCAGAAGGCUAAACUAAUUUGUCUUAUUUCUUCUCCUUGCUGUUAUUAAAUUCCUCGACAGAUUUGGAAACCAAUUUAUUAUUUCCCACUUUUAUGCAUUCUCUGUAUUUUCUAGAUCUUCAUUGUAGCCUCCCCCAUUCUCCCUGCUUUCCUCGCAAAGACCCAUUUCUAAAAAGGAAAAAUUUGCAGAGAAGAACUCGAUUGAUUUGUUGCUCCUCUCCCCAGAUGGCAAUUUCAUCUACUUCUCUUUCAACAGAAAGAUGUUCUCUCUCUCAAGUUGCUCCCCUUGAAGCAGUAUUGUUUGAUAUUGAUGGAACUAUUUGUGAUUCAGAUCCUAUCCAUUACUUAGCUUUCCGUGAAAUGCUUCUAGAGAUUGGUUUCAAUGGUGGAGUACCUAUUGAUGAGGAUUUUUAUGUUAAGACUAUUGCUGGCAAGCAUAACCCAGAUCUCUGUCCUGUACUCUUUCCUGAUUGGGAUGUGGAGAAGGCACUUAAAUUCUUGGAUGAUAAGGAAGCAAUGUUUCGUAGAUUGGCACCAGAACAAUUGAAGCCAGUAGAUGGGCUACACAAGUUGUGUAAAUGGAUAAAAGAUCAUGGCUUCAAACGGGCCGCAGUUACUAAUGCUCCAAGACCAAAUGCAGAGCUUAUGAUUUCACUUUUGGGUCUGUCUGAUUUCUUUGAUGUGGUUGUAAUUGGGAGCGAAUGUGAGCGAGCAAAGCCGUUUCCUGAUCCCUACCUGAAGGGUCUAGAAGAAUUGAAGGCUUCUGCUAACCAUUGUUUUGUAUUUGAGGACUCUGCAUCAGGAAUAAAAGCUGGAGUGGCAGCAGAGAUGCCUGUUGUGGGUAUAACUACCAGAAAUCCUGAACGUAUAUUGAAUGAAGCAGGGGCCACGUUUCUUAUUAAGGAUUAUAGUGACCCAAAAUUGUGGUCAGCAUUGGAAGAACUCGACAGAGAAACGGUGGUGAAAAGAGAUACAGCUUUGAAUGGUAAUUGACAGUGAAAUUAUUGGCACAUUCAUAGAUUUGCAUGGAUAACUGAGUUGGGUUAUCCCUUAGAUUCAGUUAAACUUCGGCUUAUCUGAAUAGAUCAAGCAAUAUACCACACAAGUCAAAAUUGAAUUUAACAAUUGUUCUUUGGAUUAUCAAAUUGCUUACUUUCACUGUUUGGUUGGCUGUAAUAAUAACAGAUUUUCUAUAGUGCAAUUGUUGACUCUUGCCAUUAUACUACAAAAUAUGCAUUGAGGUGGUAACCUCUUACUAUUGGAGAAAUUUCUGAAUAACCAGUUUUAUUUCAUAGUGCAGAACUAAUAACCUUCAAUAUUUA